AUGGUGACACACGAAUUCAUGCUGAAGGCUGCCUUGCCUCUCUUUGCUAGAUUCAUCGUCAGCAAUGGACUACAGACCAAGCAUGGGAUAUUUGAGAUCAAGCUGGAGUCCGUGGACAGAGCUUUGCCUGUAUUGAUCAGAAACAAAGGCUUGAGACUGGCUGAAGGGGCCACAGGUGUGCUUUCCCCAGAUCUUCUUCAGCUAACUGACCCGGACACGCCAGUAGAGAAUCUUACCUUUCUUGUGGUCCAGCUCCCACAACACGGCCAACUCUACCUGUGGGGGACAGUGCUCCUCCAAGCCAAUUUCACCCAGCAAGAUGUGGACAACAGGAAUGUGGCCUACAGACACACAGGAGGGAAUUCUCAGAUGGACCACUUUACUUUUGUGGCCUCAGAUAAGACAAACCCAGGCUUUAUUGUGGAUGGGAGAGUUUGGCAAGAACCUGUUUCAUUCACCAUCCAGGUAGACCAGUUGGACAAAACAGCCCCUCACAUCACACAUUUGCAUAAUCCUUCUCAAGUGGGGUUAUUGAAGAAUGGCUGUUAUGGUAUGUACAUCAAUUCCCAUGUUUUGAAGGCAUCAGACCCUGACACCAAUGAUGAUCAGAUCAUCUUUAAGAUUUUACGAGGUCCCCUCUAUGGACAUCUGGAAAACACAACAACAGGUGAAGUUAUCCAUGAGAAGUUUAUGCAAAAGGACUUAAACAGUAAGACUAUUCUUUACAUUAUAAAUCCAUCUUUGGAAGUAAAUUCAGAUAUCGUGGAAUUUCAAAUCAUGGACCCUUCAGGAAACUCUGCCACCCCUCAAAUUUUGGAACUGAAGUGGUCUCAUAUUGAAUGGUCACAGGCUAAAUAUGAGGUGUGUGAGGAUGUGGGUAUAUUAUCCUUGGAAGUUGUCAGAAGGGGACAUUCCAUGGACUCAGCCUUUGUGAGUUUGAAGGUUAACCAAGUGUCAGCUACAGUUGGAAAAGAUUUUACCCUGACUCCAGCUAAACUAAUUCAGUUUGACCCAGGAAUGUCAACUAAGAUGUGGAAUAUAGCAAUUACCUAUGACGGAUUAGAGGAAGAUGAUGAGGUCUUUGAAGUAAUUCUGAACUCCCCUGUGAAUGCAGUUCUUGGCACAAAGACAAAAGCUGCAGUGAAAAUUUUGGACUCAAAAGGAGGACGGUGUCAUCCUUCAUAUUCCUUUACACCAAACAAGCACAACUCCUGGGAGAAGGACAUUUGGCAGUCCUUGUCCUCUGGGUCUUCCUCACCCACCACUUCUGGUUCCUCUCAUCUGGAGAGAAGACCCCAUCAAUCUUCUAAGCAGCUAGCCAUCACCAGGGGAGACAGCCUGCGGGGCACUGAGUCUACAGAUAUUUCUCAACUGAGGCUUAGAACCAGAGGGAAUGGCAAAACAGUUCAUCCAUCUUCUGUUUAUAGAAAUGAAACAGAUAACAUCUAUAAUUAUCAUGGAGUGAUAGCUCUUAAGCUGGAAGAUGACAGUUCCCCAACUCACAGAACGAAGACCAAAGUAUCCAUGUUUAGUAGGCCACAGCGGACCUUUAAAGAGUCAGAACAGCCUCAAGCAGACAAGGUGGAAUCCACAACUGACUCACAGGUCCACAGCUGGGAUUCAUUGCCAACAUUUCCAAAGAACUGUACUGUGGAUUUAAAGGGACUCUUCCAUUUUGAAGAGAGCCUCAAAAAACUGUAUAAAUGCAAUGGGAUUGCCUGGAAAUAUUGGUCUCCCCAAACCAAGGAGGCAGAAGACAAAUCCUGCCCUGCUGGGUGGCACCAUCAUUCAGGCUUCUGCCACUCCUUGAUCACAGAGCAGAAAGGCACCUGGGACACAGCUGUCCAAGCUUGCAGGCGACAUCAUCUUGGCAGCCUUGUAACUGUCCUUUCCAAGCAGCACAUGCAGUGGCUUUGGGACAUCAGUGGGAAGAAGCCUUUUUGGAUAGGUUUGAGUGACCAAGGGCAAGCUGGCCACUGGGAGUGGGUGGCUGGCCAACCUGUCACCUUCACCAACUGGAAGAGAGGAUCCCCUCAACGUUCAAAGCCUGGCAAGAACUGUGUUUUGGUUCAAAGACAAGGGAAAUGGCAAACAAAGGACUGUAGAAAAGGCAGACCUCACAAUUACAUGUGCUUCAGAAAACUCUAA